AUGGCCAAAGCACGAAACGAUCGAAAUUAUGAUGCAUCGAUGAACAAUUUUGAUAAUGCACAAAUAUUGGAUAAUGAAACGCCCAUGCCAUUGCCACCGCCAAAUACUAAUUCGAAAAAAAAAAAUUACAUGAAGAUCACAGUACCUACAUUGGUUGCGGGUGCGGUGGAGACAAACAUACAAGUCAAAUUAAUUUAUAAUGAAUUAAUUAAAGCAUUACAAUGGACAACAAAUUAUGACAACCUUGUAAUGAAUCAAUGA